AUGUCGGGCGAAUUGGAUAUCGACUUCACGCGCCGAAACAAGAAGCCGCGGCCGCUUUCGGACCACGAGAAGGAAAAGCUGGAUGAAUUUGUCGACGCGAUCCAUUACUCGGCGAGGUGGGUUGUCAACACAAGAGGCGGUCAGCGCGUUUUCUUUAUUGACCGCGAACACAGAUACUCGGACGACGCAUACGAAUACCGCCAUGUGCAGCUGCCUAAGCAAAUGCUGAAGGCUAUCCCAAAAGACUACUUCGACGGCGCGCGAGGCACACUGAAGCUGCUGUGGGAGGAGGAAUGGCGGGCGCUGGGCAUCACACAGAGUUUGGGAUGGGAGCACUACGAGGUCCAUGAGCCAGAACCUCACAUUUUGCUUUUCAAGCGACCGAUCAACUACCAGCCGCCCAUGCACUGA